AUGCUUCAUUCGGCUUUGGAACGACGUCGUUUGAGGAGACAGGGAGCUGCAGGCAGAGUAGUCAUCCAAAGCGUUAUUGGAUUUGAUUAUGAAGCUGCUGAAUCAUCUAAAAUUCAUCUGGUGUUUGAAUUUUAUGAUAAAUAUGCCCUUCUUUCUGCGCGUUUGACCAAGGCAUUAAAAAUUCACCACGUCAUUUAA